UAAUACGCAUACAAGAAUGGCAGCUGCCGUCGAUUGCUUAGCCCGGGAGAGCGAACUGUUGGCGUUGCGGCUUCAGGAGGAAGAGCUACAAGCAGAGCAAGAUGCCAUACUUGCCCAGCGACUGGCAAUCCUAUAUGCUUGUAAAGAAGAAGGAGACGAUGACGUGGAGUUCAUCAUGGAGGUUGGCCCCGAAGCUGCGGCUCGCGAGGAUGCUGCACAGCUCUUGCAAGUCGAGCAACAACUCGACGAGGUGAGAAGCAAGCAGGGCAAGAUUGCCGCAGAGGCUCUUGCCGCUGUAACGUCUCACCAAGAGCGGGCUGCUCGGGACUCCAGAGCAGUUGCGGAGGUGCUAAGUGAGCAUGAGGAAUGGCGGGCCAAAAUUGCGCAGCACGACGCUGCCUUUGCCCGCAAGCUUGCGAGAAUUGAUGAGCGAACAUGGAGGAGGACUGGAGACGAAAUUGAGGACCCGCUAUGUUUGCCCCCACCACGCAAGGUUCCCAAGCUUGAUGACAGCGCAGGACCAUCUGCCGCUGCAGCAAGUAGCAGGGGAACCACGCGUACCGCACCUCAGACAGAUUCGGACCGACCAAGCAAAGCCCUGAAGCUAGAUGCUUGUGCGGGGCCGUCUGCUGCUGCAUGCCGGAAGGAAAGCGGUGCUUGCACGCUACCAUCUUCUGCUGCUGGGGGCAGAGGUGCUUCUGGGCCAAAGCCACCGCAGCAUACCUCUUCUCAAUCCGCCUGCCCUCCCAGCUCUGCAGCAGCGCGACCUACCGCAAGCCAGCGCAAUAACCAGCCGCAGUCACAGCAGCAGCAGCAGCAGCUGCCGAGGCCAUCGCAGCCGCACCCAUGCCCACAGCCCUCCAGCAGCACUCGGCCAUCUACGGUGGCGCAGAUGCCGUCUGCGCCUUCCGCCUCCCAGGCCGCCAGCAUUGACAGCCGCCGUGCUCCUCGAAGCCAAGCCAUUGACCGCAGGGAUGCUGCUGCCGCACCGGGCGGCGCAACCUCCUCAGCCGGCGCUGGCCCUUCCUCCUCCGCCAAACGCACCAUCGAGUGCCAGUGCUGCUUUGACCGCUUCCCGUACGACAAGGUCAUGUGCGCGGGCGCCGACGGCGCCUCCUCGAGCACCGCCGCUGCCGGCUGCGGCCACUACUUCUGCACUCCCUGCAUGACCGAGUACGUGCGCGGUGCGGUGAAGGAGCGCAAGUGCCCCGUGCCCUGCCCCAUGGCUGCGGGAGGCGGCGGAGGCGGAGGGGCGGCAGGAGCAGGCGGCGGCAAGGGCUGCGUGAGCAAGCUGUCGCGAGGCGAUGUGUUGGAGUUGCUGGAAGGCAGCCCUAAGGAGCUGCAGGCGUUUACGAUGUUGGAGGCGGAGCAGGCAAUCGACCCCAGCCUGAAGAUCUACUGCCCGCACAAGGACUGCUCCACCGUGCUGAUGCGGCCCGAGGGCGCUGUGCCGCACAAUGAGCCCACCACCUGCCCCGCUUGCAGCCGAGCCUUCUGCCUGCGCUGCCUCAUCCCAGGAUGGCACCAGGGCUACACCUGUUCUCAAUUCCAGCAGCUGCCGGCUCACCAGCGGUCCGCUGAGGACGCUGCCAUGCUGCUCUUUUCCGCGAAGCAGCAGUGGAAGCAAUGCCCCAGCUGCAAGCAAAUGGUGGAGCGCAGCGAGGGCUGCAACCACAUGAGGUGCCGCUGCGGCUGCGACUUCUGCUACGCAUGCGGCACUGCGUACAAGAACAACAAACCCAACCGCAACAACGUCCAUGGCACGCCCAGCUGCGGCUGCCCGCUGUUCGACGUGCCGGAGGAAGACGACGACGACAGGGGCGGCCGCCGAGGAGGCGCAGCGGCACGCGGCGGUGCUGCUGCUGCUGCUGCGGGCAGGAAUGGGGCGAUUGGCCUUCCUGUUGGCGUCGCUGGGGCGGCUGCGCGGAUUGCGGCGGCGGCUGCAGCGGCACGGAAUGCGGCAGCGGCCGGGAAUCGGGGCCGUGGGCACGACUCGGACUCAGACUCUGAUUCAGACUCGGAUUCACGUCCAGAUUCUGCCGAUGACGAGGACGAUGACGGCGGAUAUGGAGGCGGUUACGAAGGUGAUUACGGAGGCGUCUACGGGAACGACGAGGAAGAUGAUGGGGAGGACGACGGAGGAUAUGGAGGUGGACACGGAGGCUAUGGGGCUGCUGACGCAGAUGAUGAGGAGGACGACGGGGGCUACGAGGAGGACAGGGGCUAUCAGGAUGGAGACGGAGAUGAUGACGAGGACUACGAGGAUGCUCACGAGGCGCCGCAAUACCAGUAUGCGGAGCCGCAUGUGCCCUUCCGGGGCGGGCGUGAGGUCAUCCGCCGGCUCUGCCGGUACGGGCCGAGCCUGCAUUACUGCCCCUUCGGGCACCGCUGUUGGUACUGGCACGAGGAGGAGGACGGACCGCUGUGAGGCCGCUGCGGGGAUGGGGGCCGCGGAUGGCGCGCCAGGGUUGGGUGAGGUGGUGCAGGUGGAGCGCAGGGGCGGUGAUGGGCUGGCUGGGGCAGCUUGGACGGUGGAGAUGGGGGGGAAAGGCGGGUUCAGAGGUAACAUGCGCUGAAAAAGAGGUUGGCGGAUGGCGGGAAGGCGCAUUGGUUAGUGUCCGCGGCGCAGUUGUGACGCAGUUAUGGGGACGCGGAGACGUUUGGGGAUGCAGGUUGAGCCUAGUGGUCCUUCGCGUUUGGUGCGGUGCUCACCCGUACGCGGGUUGUUUCCAACGUCCGUCCAUUCUGACGUUGUUUGGGUUCAGCGUUCCAUCGUUGCAACUACGAGGUGCUUUGUAGUUUCAUGAAGGUAUGGGCAGGUGUGUGGGCAUGCGGACUUCGGUCAAUGUCGUUGUGUGAGUUAGAAAACUGGCCACGAAAACUGGCCGGUAGUGUUGUUGUGUGCGUGUUCCAAUAUCUGGUCAAUUGGUGCUGCGUUGAGCUGUAAGUUACUGCUGUUAUGGGGCGUUGAGACUCCCUUAGGGUUGCCCGAUCUGGAUUAAUCGUCUGGUGGAAUGUGACGCUUGGUUUCAUGGGAAUGUAAGAGUGGGACUCUAGAACAGGUGAAGGCUCCUAAGGAGUACGAUAGAAUGGCAACUUUGGGACGUAGCCUGGUACUGCUGAAGUGUUCGUCCCGAUAUACUUAAGUUGACACUACGGCUGCUUUAUGCCACGAGGCCCAGCGAUACUGCUGUCUUAGCUGAGGUAGGAAUUUGGUAACCGUUUAGCACGUCAGGUGAAAGGCACGGUUUGUUCAGCAACCGGGAGGGGCCCUGGGGGACACAGUAAGUUCUGGGGGUUGCGAAUACGUUGGUGGAUGUUGGCACGCUCAAUGCUAGCUAACGUCGCACAAGCACGGCUACCCUUCCACCUCUUAGGCCCAUCGCAUCGUCGCAGGACUCUGUUGAGCUUGCACUCAGUCGCCACCCCAUCCAAUACGACGCAAUGCGACAACUAGCGGCUCCCUCUCACCUGAGGCUUUAACCCACAUACCGACGCACAUACCCCACACCGGCUGCUUUACCAGCAGCUCAUACUGUACUACGGGGCAAUCAGGCGGGCCUCUCACGCAAAUGAAUGUUACCUUGUGAUGCCGCAAGCUUUUACAUGUGUUGCUGCUUACCCUAGGGUGACGCGCAAUGCGAGGGCCCCGUGACCUACCAGACCGAAGCGGUCUCAUUACCUGCCCUAAUGUUGGGGGCUGCGUGUUGUUGUGCGGCGUGCAGCAAGCGUGUGUUGAAGGGGUAUGCGCGGGGGCUUGGGUUACAGGCUUAUUCCCAUCAUUCGGUUGGACGGGAAAGGUCGCCCGGCUGUGUGCCGAGGACCGAGGAGCUGCUGCUAUGCUGUUGGAGUCUUGGAGAUGCCGGUUGCUGCGGUCAGCGGCUGCUGUCGCUGUUGCUGCUACGGUACUGUUUGGUAUUGUGUUGACGGAUUCGCAUUACCGAUAGGGCAGUUGAGAGCAUUCCACUACCUGGACAACGGGUAUGAGGCUUUGCAGGAUGCAAUAGCACAACUUGAUGGGUCGUUUGAGGGGGUUAUGAGCUUAUGGCGGCCAAUGGUACGAUAUCCAGAUCACCCAACAAAGAUUUUCAAAGCCAAC